AUGGUGCUCGGCGGUGGCGGCGAGCCUUGCUCCUUGUGCAAGCAGACGGUCUACCCGGCGGAGCUCAUGACGACGGGACUCGGCCGCUUCCACUUCUCGUGCUUCAGGUGCACCAAAUGCGCCCGCCAGCUCCAGCAGAGCACGUAUUGCCAAGAUGCCAAGACUGGACGUCUGUACUGCAAGCCACACUACUCGCAGCUCGCAGUCGCCGCCGGAAUCCAGGCGGUGGCGGAUGGCGGUGUGGACGCUUCUGCUGGAGUGCUCGUGCACCGAAAGACCAAGACGGCCGAGGAGAUGGAGGUCGAGCUGGCGCUCGACGAGGGUGCCUUGGUUUGGGUUGAGCUUGGGAUGGUGCCCGACGCGGUUUCGCUGCUCGGCGCAGACCUCGCCGAUCCCUUCGUCGCAUGCACGGUCGUCGGCCGGUCGGGCGAGGUCUUCACCGUGUCGUCUGGAGGCGGCGAGGCGGAAGUGCCGCGCCCCUGCGUGUGGCUGCGCGACCGCUCCUCGAGCGCAAACAAUCUGCGCCUGCAGCACCUGAACGAGGCGAACCUCUUGGGGAAUGUCCAGCGGAGGUUCGAGGCGCGGCACAUCUACACGCAGACUGGAGCGCUCGAGCUCCUCGCUCUCAACCCUUACGCGCCGCUCUGCUCCUAUGACGAGGAUCAGAUGGAGCGCUACCGCCGCGCGAGAGGAGCGCCGGUCGAGAGUGCGCCGGACGAGGCGCAGCAGUCCGAGGAGCCGCACAUCUUUGGGGUCGCCGAGGAGAUCUGGCGCGCGGUCAGCGAGGCCGAGGCCGAGGGAGCGUCGGCCGGCACGGAGAGCCGCAGCGUCGUUGUGAGCGGCGAGUCCGGCUCGGGCAAGACGGAGAGCAACCGGCAGCUCCUCUCGUACUUUCGUUGGCGCUCGACGGGGGGCGGCGACGGCGCGGCCGCCAUCUCCCGCGUGCUCGCCCUGUCGGACGUCCUGCUCGAGAGCUUUGGCAACGCCUCGACGGUGAACAACCACAAUUCGUCCCGGUUCGGCAAGUACCUCGCCGUCGAUGUCGCGAGCAACGCGCUCGCCGGAGGCUCCUUCUCGACGUACCUUCUCGAGACCACGCGCCUCGUUAGGCGAGCCACCGGCGAGCGCAACUUUCACGGGCUCUACAUGCUCUGCGCCGGCGCUGCCAAGCACAAGCGAGCCGCGCUGCGGCUGCGGGCGGCAAAGGAGCACUUCUACACUCUGGUGAGCAGCAGCGACAAGCAGCGCGAGGCGGCGGCGCCUCCGGACGCUCCGACGCGAAUCGAGCGCCGUUUCGACGCGCUCGAGGACGCGCUCUCGCAACUCCGAGGCGUGAGGGCCGUCUCUGUCUGGCGAGCACUCUACGCGGGGCUCUUCUCACGGCUCGUCGCAGAGCUCAACGCGCUCCUCCGACCCGACGGGCCUGCGAAUGGUGGGCAGUACAUCGGGCUCCUCGACAUCUUUGGGUUUGAGAGCUUGGAGACCAACUCGCUCGAGCAGCUGCUCAUCAACUAUGCGAACGAGGCGCUGCACCACCUCUUCCUCCGCCACGUCUUCCGCGGCUUCUCCGACGAGGCCCUCGCCUCUGUCCUCGGCGACGCCUCGCGCAUUGACAACCGUUGUUGCGUCGCGCUGAUCGACGCGCCUCCAAAGGGGCUGCUGCACAUCCUCGACCAUCAGUGCAGGGCGCCGCAGGGCUCGGAGACGGCCUUCUGCCUCUCCGCCACUCAAAAGCACGAGGAGGACCCCUUCUUCACAGUGCCAAAGCUCUCGAGGGACUGCUCGCACGACGCCUCGAGCGCCUUUAUUGUCCGCCACUUUGCGGCGGAUGUGCUGUACACGAGCGGCGGCUUCCUCGAGUCGAACAACGACACGCUGGUCGGCGGGUCGCACUGGCUCCGCGCGUCGACCGAGCCGCUCGUCACGGAGCUCUUCGAGGAGGACAAGGCGGUGGCAGGCACUUUCUCCUCGGUGGGCGGCCGCUUUGCCGCCAACCUCAAGGAGCUGAUGGCGCGCCUCCGCUCGACGCAGACCCACUUUGUCCGCUGCAUGAAGAGCAACGGUGGCGCGCUGCCCCACACCUUUGACGCGCCCUACGUCAGGCACGCGCUCCGCGACCGGCUGCCGAAGCUAGCCACGCCGCGCGGAAUAGGCCUGACGAGAGCAGGCUGCGCGCCCCUCGCGCCGCGCGGCCUACUGCAGAAGCGGCCUGCUGCGGCGCUCGCGAGUCGGCGCCGGCGCCGUCCCCGGCAAGGGAUACGCGCGGAGGCGUCGCUUGCUCGAGUCGCCAGCGAGACGAGCCGCGGAUCGAGCUGA